CCUGACUCGUGUGGUGGGGGACAUUGUCUCUUCUUGGCGUGUUUGCGGAUGCCUCCCCACUCGAUUUGAAGAUGCAGGGACGAUUACGUCAGUUACUCGAGCUCCUCAUUUCCAGAAAAUAUACCUCGGCGACAUGUCACCAACAGAACAACUUAUCAUUCCCGGAAUAGUCGCGUGGGUAUAAGAAGCUAUAUUCAUUCGGAGUACAUGCCUUCCCGGAUCGCCACGAUAUUGCCCGCAACUCUCGACGCUCGCCUGUACUUCCAACAAAGCAAACUCGCCGCUUCAGCUUCCUUAGCAUACUGCUUUUACCCUCCUACCCGGAAGUCUCUAUUCAGAGGAAGCCCACCUCCACAGAACCUCCAAAGGAGUUUCAGCAACACAACGGCUUUCCGUAAACAAACUCAUUACACAAUGACCGAAGCAACCUACCACCCAUUGUCCGGACUAUGGCAGCCCACCCAGUUGCAGAAGCUUUUCUACGGUGGCGAGAGCGUCACCAAAAACUUGGUAUCAUGCCUCCCAACUGAGGAAAGCAAAGCCUUCAUCAUCACCGGCAAUUCUCUGGCCACCAAGACCCCACUGAUCAAACGAGUGGAGGAACUCUUGGGUUCUCGUCACGCAGGAACCUUCCACAAAAUCGGAGAACAUGCACCUGUAGCACAAUUGGAUGAAGCCACACAGCUUGUAGAAAAGGACUCGUCCAUCGACACGGUUAUCAGUAUCGGUGGAGGUAGCCCCAUCGACUCUGCUAAAGCUAUCUCCCAUCGUCUGCACGAAAAGUCUGGGAAGUGGUUGUACCACAUCACCGUCCCCACCACUUUAUCGGCGUCCGAGUGCACCAUGAUGGCUGGCUUCACUGCCUCUGAUGGGGUCAAGACUGGCGUGCGCGCGCCUGAGAUUGUACCCCAUGUUGUACUGUACGACGCUUCAUUCGCAGCGCAUACCCCUGAGCGAUUAUGGCUAAGCACAGGAAUGCGAGCCAUGGAUCAUGCUAUCGAGACUUUGUAUCAUCCAACUCUUUCUGAGAUGCCAGGGCGCUGGCAGUGCCUACAAGCAGCUGCGAGCUUGUUUGAGAACUUGUCCCUUUACAAGAAGGACCCGAAGAAUGAGGAUGUGAUCACAAAAUUACAGUUGGCUGCGUUUGCGUCCUUAGGCUUCAUGGGCACCAAUCUCAAAGGCGGGCUUGGCCUUUCGCAUGGUUUGGGCUAUGCUCUGGGUUCGCCGUAUAGUAUUCCACAUGGAAUCACGUCUUGCUUGACACUGGGACACGUGAUCAAGCUGAAGGCGGAGGAUGCUUCGGCGGCAGAGCAGAUUGCACGGCUUUUGCCAUUCAUGGGGGAAACCAUGAGUGGCGACGACCGAAAAGAUGCAGAGAAAGUGGGUGACAAGGUGUUGGCAUUGGUCCGGGAACUAGGGUUGGAUCAUGAUCUAAGAAACUACACUGUGAACAAAGAUCAGAUUCCGCUUAUAACGAAGAGAGCCACUGGAGCGGGGGAAGGCAAGGUCUAUGAUCAAGUAAAGAGCUUGGUUGAGGGUUUGUUCUGA